CUCGGUCCCAAGCGCCCCCCUUCCCGCAAGGGAUCCAUGGCCGAUGUGCCCCAAAACCUCCUGCAGCAGAUUAAGGAGUUUGAGGAUAUGUUCACCGUUGACCGGGCCACACUCAAGAAGGUUGUCGACCACUUUGUGAAGGAAUUGGAGAAGGGUCUUAGUGUCGAGGGUGGCAACAUUCCCAUGAAUGUCACCUGGGUUAUGGGAUUCCCCGAUGGUGAUGAACAGGGAACUUUCCUCGCCUUGGAUAUGGGUGGUACCAACUUGCGUGUCUGUGAGAUCACCUUGACCAAGGAGAAGGGUGGCUUCGACAUCACUCAGUCCAAGUACCGGAUGCCCGAGGAGCUCAGAACCGGCACUGCUGAGGAGCUGUGGGAGUACAUCGCCGACUGUCUGCAGCAAUUCAUUGAAUCUCACCACGAGGGCGAGGAGCUCUCUAAGCUUCCCUUGGGUUUCACCUUCUCCUAUCCCGCCACCCAGGAUUACAUCGACCACGGUGUCCUGCAGCGUUGGACUAAGGGCUUUGAUAUUGAUGGAGUGGAGGGCCACGACGUCGUUCCUCCUCUGGAGAAGAUUCUUAAGGACAAGGGCCUGCCUAUCAAGGUUGCUGCCUUGAUCAACGAUACUACCGGAACCCUCAUCGCGUCUGCGUACACCGACCCUGCUAUGAAGAUUGGCUGCAUCUUCGGCACUGGUGUUAACGCCGCCUACAUGGAGAAUGCGGGCUCUAUCCCCAAGCUUGGCCACAUGAACCUACCCGCUGAUAUGCCCGUCGCCAUCAACUGCGAGUAUGGCGCAUUCGACAACGAGCACAUUGUGCUCCCCCUCACCAAGUAUGAUCACAUCAUCGACCGGGACUCUCCCCGUCCCGGCCAGCAGGCUUUCGAGAAGAUGACCGCCGGUCUUUACUUGGGUGAGAUCUUCCGUCUCGCCCUGGUUGACCUGCUGGAGACCCACCCGGGUCUCAUCUUCAACGGCCAAAACACCUCGGAGCUGCGCAAGCCCUACCUCCUGGACUCGUCCUUCUUGGCCGCCAUUGAGGAGGAUCCGUAUGAGAACCUCCAGGAGACGGAGGAGCUCCUGGAGCGCAAGCUCAAGAUCAAGGCGACGCAGCCCGAGCUGGAGAUGAUCCGCCGCCUUGCGGAGCUUAUCGGUACCCGUGCGGCUCGCCUUUCGGCCUGCGGUGUUGCUGCCAUCUGCAAGAAGAAGAACAUCGAGUCGUGCCACGUGGGUGCCGAUGGUUCCGUGUUCACCAAGUACCCCCACUUCAAGGCCCGUGGUGCUCAGGCGCUGCGGGAAAUCCUUGACUGGGCUCCCGAGGAGCAGGACAAGGUCUGCAUCCAGGCUGCCGAGGAUGGUUCUGGUGUAGGUGCCGCCCUCAUUGCUGCCUUGACUCUGAAGCGUGUCAAGGCUGGCAAUGUGGUGGGUAUCCGCGAUGCGAACGACAUGAAGACUCUCCUAUAAACAUGUGAAGUGGGGUAAGAGGUAAUCUUUUUGAGAAUUUCCAGCGUGGUGUUUGAGAGCGGCUGUUUUUUUGGGCGGGGGGAAAAUGGAUGACUCCAGCGACAUAGAACAGAAGAAAGAGACAGUACAGUACAUACAUUGGCGAUGAGUGGCCGACGCUUGGUUAAGACAGGUUGGUAUACAGGAUCACGCAAGUAUUUGAAAUUGUCGAUAGACGGUAACCAAAUCUAUCCAUUGAAUUUGACGAUUGUCAAUAUACACCA